AUGCUUCGAACCCCUAUCUGGUAUAGGAAAAGUGUGUCGGUCGAAGCAAAAGUCAGAAUAUUUCGAGCACUACCACCCGCUUGGUUGCAUGAAAGUGAGACACGAGCUCCUACAAUAAAUGAAGAAAGACGCCUACAAACAUUCUAUAUGGGAUGCCUAAUAACAUUGCUUGGCGCUACUUUAGGUGGUCGAAUGCCAAACGAUCUGGUAUUAGAUUUAACUGGUCAACCAAGUCUUGAUAACAUCAUGAGAAAAAAUAGGUUAAGAUGGUUUGGGCCCGUAAAUCGAAUGGAGAAUACUAACGGUGAACCUGUACUGCCAAAAAAGGUUCUUUUUUUGUUAUUUCCCAAACUCUCGACGAGCCUAAGGUGGAAUGGAGAAACGAUGGCAUGA